AGAUGCAGAUGGAUCUUUGAGCAUAUUUGAUGAACAGUUAUACUCAUUUACAGUUUCCACCAUGCACAUUACGCAGACAAGAAAUGGAGGUGGGAAUUUAAAUAACUAUUCCUCGUCCAUUCCAUCGACUCCCAGCACCAGCCAGGAGGACCUUCAGGUCAAUGUUCCUCCCUCUGCCAACACACCCACGCCCGUUCGCAAGCAGUCCAAGCGCUGGUCCAAGCUGUUUACAUCUGAGAAAGGGAGUGACCCAGACAAAGAGAACAAAGCCUGGGAGAGUCAUGCUGACACCAUCGGGAGCGGCAGAGCCAUCCCCAUUAAACAGGGCAUGCUCUUAAAGCUAAGUGGGAAAUGGCUGAAGAAAUGGAAAAAGAAAUAUGUCACCCUCUGUGACAAUGGCGUCCUCACCUAUUAUUCAAGCUUAGGUGAUUAUAUGAAGAAUAUUCACAAAAAAGAGAUUGACCUUCGAACAUCUACCAUCAAAGUCUCAGGAAAGAGGCCACCCCUAAGCACACUGGCCUGCGUGCCCAUUUCCAGCUCUAAAGGCAAUGCGCUAUCCACGGACAUGAACAGUCUGUGUACCUCAGCCAAUUCAGACACCGGACUUGAUGACUCCAUAUGCUCCAGCCCCAAUAUCUCCAGCACCACCAGCCCCAAGCUCAACCCACCCCCCUCUUCUCAUGCCAACAAAAAGAAACACCAAAGGAAGAAAAGCACCAACAAAUUAAAAGACAAUGGCCUGCCUGGCACUGCUGAAGAACAAGACGAAAACUUUAUCAUUGUGUCCCUCACUGGCCAAACAUGGCACUUUGAAGCCAUUACGUAUGAGGAGCGGGAUGCCUGGGUCCAAGCCAUCGAGAGCCAGAUCGUGGCCAGCCUGCAGUCAUGCGAGAGCAGCAAAAGCAGGUUCCGGCUGCUUUAG